AUGGAUUAUUGCCGGCUAAAUGCCAUCACAAUCAAGGACAGAUAUGGACUACCAAGACAGGACAAGCUAAUUGAGAAAUUGCGCCAUGCUAAGAUCUUCACAAAGCUAGAUUUGAGGAAUGGAUAUCACCACAUCAGAAUCAAGGAAGGAGAUGAAUGGAAGGCUGCAUUUUGCACUGCCCUUGGUCACUUUACUCCCAUAGUCAUGCAAUUGGGCCUUAGCAAUGCCCCAGCUGUGUUUAUGCGCUUCAUGAACAACAUAUUCUGUGAUUUACUGGACAUCUCUGUGGUUGUGUACCUGGUUGACAUCUUAAACUUCUCAAACUCAAGAGAAGAGCAUGUGGAACAUGUCAAGGAAGUCUUAUCUUGCUUGCUGAAGCAUAACCUAUUCUGCAACCCUGCCAAAUGCUACUUCUUUGUCACAGAAGUCACCUACAUUGGCCUUGUCUUUCCCCAUGGAGAUGCCAUCAGGAGUAAUCACAAGGUGCAAGUGAUCAUGGACUGGCCUGAACCCCAAAAUGUGAAACAGGUGCAAUCAUUCCUAGGCUUUGCAAACUUCUACUGUUGCUUUGUCCCCAACUUCUCUUGCUUAGCACGCCCUCUGAAUAACCUCACUCCAAGGGAGCAACCAUGGAUCUGGCUAGAAGAACAGAAAGCGGCAUUUGAUGCGAUCAAGGCUGAGAUUUGCAAGGAGCCUGUUCUAGCUCACCCUGAUGAAUCUAAACCUUACACCUUGGAAACAGAUGCUUCUGGAGCAGCCAUGGGCGCUGUACUAUCUCAGAGAAAGGAAGAUGGUUGUCUACAUCCUGUUGCAUACAUGUCAGCCAGCUUCUCACCUGCUGAGCUAAACUAUGAUACACAUGACAAGGAGCUACUUGCCAUCAUUCGUGCAUUUGAGCACUGGAGAAUCUUCCUGGAGGGAACUGAGCAGCCAAUCACUGCGUUUACUGACCACAAGAAUCUGGAGUACUGGAAGUCAGCUAGAACCUUUGACAGGCGUCAUGCGCGCUGGCAUCUCAUGCUGGCAUCCUACAGCUUUGUCAUUGCCUAUAGACCUGGGAAACAGUCACAGAAACCUGACGCCCUGUCAAGAUGA